UAAGAGUAUGGAUGAAUGAUUGAAAAAGGAUGAAGCUGAGCUAAGAAAGAGGAAACCCUUAGUUGAGUGAGAAGCCUAGCAUUCCUGGAAUGCAAAUCUUAAGCAAACUGGUGAAAAGAAAUAAAGGAUAAAUUAAUAGAGGAGAGUUGCAUUGUAUAGAGCUUUGAACAUUAAAACAAAAUGCUUAUAUUGAAUACUGGAAAUACUGAGUAACAAAUGAAGGAAUAUCAAAAGUGUGGUAACAUGACAGGUCAAAAGAUAAUCUUAACAGCAGACUAUUGAAUGGAAGUCAAAGGACUAAGGGGAGAUAAUGGAAGACCAGUCAAAAGAAGAUUACAAUGAUUAAGGCAGGAAAUGACCAAGGCGUGAAUUAAGGUCUUAGCAGAGGAAGCAGAAGGAAAAGGUCUUACUCUGGCAAUGUUAUAAAGAAAAAAAAUCAUAACUUUGCUGAAGCCUCAGUAUAGGGAACACAAGACAGAAAAGUAAGAAAAAUAAAAAUAAAGCUAAGACUGUGUGCUUCAUUUACAGAGAAAAUUAACAGUGAUGGAGAGUGUAUGUUGUAAAUAAGGUUUUGGAGGAAUAAUAAGUAGUUCUAUCUUUGCCAUGUUAUGUUUUAGGCAACAACAAAGCAUCCAUGCCGAAAUAGCUGAAAAACAUGCUGUAAUGCGGCGUUCAGUGUUAAGAAGACAGUUUUGGAGUGGAGAGGAUCCAUGAAAUGGCCACAGAUGACAAGGAAUCUCCGUCAUUGGACUCUAUGAGUGAUCUUCCCUACUGUCCUGGGAGUCCCUCUCACCUUACCCACUUCAAGCCUUUGACUCCUGACCAGGAUGAACCUCCGUUUAAAUCGGCCUAUAGUUCUUUUGUAAAUCUUUUUCGUUUCAGUAAAGAUGAUGGUCGACUUGCAUCGUCUGCGACGGAGAGAACAGAAGUCGGACAGGGUGACCAGCAGGCACUGAAUUCGAGUUGGUCAAGUCCGCAACAUAGUUUGAGGUCACAGUCGCUAAGGUCGUCACCUGUGGCUUACAAAAAGUCUCAGACAUCUGGAGACUUGCAGAGAAGAUCUUCUGCAUCUUUAGAGAAUAGAAGAAAAGAACCCCCUCUCAGUGGGCAUGAUCCUCGGACGGCUGUUCAACUUAGGAGCCUCAGUACAGUCUUAAAGCGCCUCAAGGAAAUCAUGGAAGGAAAAAGCCAGGAUAGUGACCUGAAGCAGUAUUGGAUGCCAGACAGCCAGUGUAAGGAGUGCUAUGACUGCAGUGAAAAGUUUACCACCUUUAGGCGCAGGCACCACUGCCGGUUAUGUGGGCAGAUCUUCUGCAGCCGAUGCUGCAACCAGGAAAUUCCAGGAAAAUUCAUGGGUUAUACAGGUGACCUCAGAGCUUGCACAUACUGUCGCAAAAUAGCAUUAAGCUAUGCCCAUUCCACAGAUGGUAACUCCAUUGGGGAAGACUUGAGUGCUCUGUCUGAUUCUGCUAGUUGUGUAUCAGUGCUGGAUCCUGGGGAACCACGGACACCUGUUGGCAGCAGAAAAGCUAGUCGCAAUAUAUUCCUGGAAGAAGACCUUGCCUGGCAAAGUUUGAUUCAUCCAGACUCUUCAUCCUCAACUUUGUCAACACGUCUUGGAUCAGUUCAAGAGGAAGCAGGAAAAUCGCCUGCACGGAAUAGAUCAGCUAGCAUUACUAACCUGUCCUUGGACCGAUCGGGGUCUCCCAUGGUGCCUUCCUACGAAACAUCUGUCAGUCCGCAGGCUAAUCGCACCUACGUGAAGGAGACCAAUGAGGAUGAGCGCAAAAUUCUUCUGGAUUCAGUCCAGCUAAAAGACCUCUGGAAGAAAAUCUGCCAUCACAACAGCGGGAUGGAGUUCCAGGAUCAUCGUUAUUGGCUGCGUACACAUCCCAAUUGCAUUGUGGGAAAGGAUCUGGUCAAUUGGCUCAUGAGGAAUGGCCACAUCACCACCAGGGCUCAAGCUAUUGCCAUAGGACAGGCAUUGGUAGAUGGCCGUUGGCUGGAUUGUGUGAGUCACCAUGAUCAGAUCUUUAGAGAUGAGUAUGCACUCUACAGACCACUGCAGGUCAAGAGAUGUAGCAAGAGAGCUGUGAAACCUUCAGUGAAAAGAAAGAGUACAGAAUUUUCUGAAACUCCUUCUCCAGACAGUGACUCUGUCAACUCUGUGGAGGGCCACUCUGAGCCAUCCUGGUUCAAGGACAUCAAGUUUGAUGACAGCGACACAGAACAGAUUGCAGAAGAAGGAGAUGACAACUUGACCAAUUCUGCCAGCCCUAGCAAGCGUACCUCAGUCAGCAGCUUCCAGUCUGCCAUGGACAGCGACUCAGCCGCUUCCAUCAGCCUGAACGUGGAGCUGGACAACGUCAACUUCCAUAUCAAGAAGCACUCCAAGUACCCACAUGUGCCCCCUCACCCUGCCGACCAGAAAGAGUACUUGAUUGCCGACAACGGAGGACAGCAAAUGAUCUCAAUAAGCGACGCUUUUAUCAAAGAGUCGCUAUUCAAUCGGCGAGUUGAAGAAAAAUCCAAAGAACUGUUUUUCACCCCAUUGGGCUGGCACCACAGUAAUCUGGACCUGCUGAGGGAGGAAAAUGGGGAAAAACAAGCCAUGGAGAGGUUGCUCUCUGCUAAUCACAAUCAUAUGAUGGCACUGCUUCAGCAGCUGCUAUACACUGAAUCAUUGUCUCUCUCCUGGAGGGAUAUCAUUGUGCCUGUGGUGUGCCAGGUGGUUCAGACCGUCCGACCCGAUGUGAAGAACAGAGAUGAUGACAUGGACAUCCGCCAGUUUGUCCAUAUAAAAAAAAUUCCAGGUGGAAAAAAGUUUGACUCUAUAGUGGUGAAUGGCUUUGUAUGCACCAAGAACAUAGCACAUAAAAAGAUGAACUCCUAUAUUAAAAACCCCAAAAUUCUUCUACUGAAGUGCUCCAUUGAAUAUCUCUAUCGAGAAGAAACAAAGUUUACAUGCAUAGAUCCCAUCGUUUUACAGGAAAGGGAGUUCUUGAAGAACUAUGUACAGAGAAUUGUGGAUGUUAGGCCCACUCUAGUCCUGGUGGAAAAAACAGUGUCUCGUAUUGCUCAGGACAUGCUUCUGGAGCAUGGCAUCACUUUGGUCAUCAAUGUUAAGCCGCAUGUCUUGGACAGGGUAAGUCGGAUGACUCAGGGAGAUGUAUUGAUGUCGAUGGAUCAGCUGCUGACUAAGCCACACCUGGGGACUUGUCACAAGUUUUACAUUCAAGUUUUUCAGUUGCCAAAUAGUCAAACAAAAACAUUGAUGUUUUUUGAAGGCUGCCCACAGCAUCUGGGUUGCACCAUCAAGCUGCGUGGUGCAGGGGAUUAUGAACUGGCUCGAGUGAAGGAGAUUCUCAUUUUUAUGAUUUGUGUGGCCUACCAUUCCCAGUUGGAGAUCUCAUUCCUGAUGGAUGAGUUUGCCAUGCCUCCCAUGUUGGCUAAAAAUAUUUCCUUUCACUCCCUGAUUGAAGGGCAGGGAGAAGAUAGUGGGCAGCAAGACCAGUCAAAAACUACUGCAGGAAAAGAUGUUGACAUGGCCUCUGACAAAAUGCCUGUAAUCUCUGAAUUGCCAUCUUUGGAUGAGAUUAGCUCUAUGGAAGAAAGAACAUUGAUAGAAGAGGAUGGGCAGGAUAAUAGUGACCUACAAGAUUUUGCUUUCCAGAAGCGACAAGAACAACUCUCAAUGGAUUCUUCAUACAUACCUCCUUUCUUUCCUUCCACAUUAAUACCAGAGUCUUUGUUGCCCCUUGACCUGAUGGACCAGCAGCUGGGAAUUUUGGACAGUGAGCAGCUGGAUAAUUUAGCUGGUAUAGAUGAGUUCCAGGAGCCAAAAAGUCACACUAGGGAGUUUAGGGACCCUCUGCAAGAUGACACUGGGAUGUAUGUCACAGAAGAGGUGACCUCCUCUGAAGAUCGUCUCAAAGCUUUCUCUCUAGCAUUUAAACAAGAGCUGAAGGAUCUUAUUCUCUGCAUUUCCCCUGUCAUCACAUUUCGUGAGCCCUUUCUGUUGACAGAGAGGGGCAUGAGAUGUCCUACAAGGGAGUAUUUUCUGGAACAAGUUUAUGUGUCUCCUCGGCUCAACAAGGAGUACAAAGAGCUUGACGGCAGGAGGAAGAAACAGUUGUUGAGGGAUCUGGCUGGCUUGCAAGGAAUGAAUGGAAAUAUCCAAGCCAAACCUGUCCAGAUCUUACCUUCCCAUGAACUUGUGAGCACUAGGAUUGCGGAGCAUAUGAACAAUAGCCAAAGUCUGGCCAGAAUGGUGGCUGAUUUCCGGGCCAGAGGAGGAAGGAUUGUGCAGAAGGAUGCAGAUCCCUUUGCCCAAUGUAAGGAGACAGCUGAAGUGAAGUUUGGAGCCAGGAGUGGUGAUGAAGAUGGAUUUAUUCAGAAUGAAUCUCUAUGGUCACAUAAAAUAGACUGCCUCAGCCCUUCAAACCAUCAGAGGCUCUGUGUCUUGUUCAGCAGCUCUUCAGCCCAAUCCAGCAAUGCUCCAAGUGCCUGCGUUAGCCCAUGGAUGGUGGUAAUGGAGUUUUAUGGAAAGAAUGACCUCACUUUGGGUGUGUUUUUAGAAAGGUAUUGCUUCAGGCCUUCCUACCAGUGCCCGAGCAUGUUCUGUGAAACACCGAUGGUGCACCACAUCCGUCGUUUUGUUCAUGGCCAAGGUUGUGUGCAGAUUAUAUUGAAAGAACUAGACUCUCCAGUGCCUGGUUAUCAGCACACUAUUCUUACCUACUCCUGGUGCAGAAUAUGCAAGCAGGUAACACCAGUUGUUCCACUUUCCAAUGACUCAUGGUCUAUGUCCUUUGCCAAAUACCUUGAACUCCGUUUUUAUGGGCACCAAUAUAGCCGAAGGGCCAAUGCUGAGCCAUGUGGCCACUCCAUACAUCAUGACUACCAUCAGUAUUUUUCCUAUAAUCAAAUGGUUGCCUCUUUUAGCUAUUCUCCUAUCCGAUUGCUGGAAGUGUGUGUCCCACAUCCCAAGAUCUACGUAAAACGUCAGGUGCCACAAAAGGUUGUCAUGCUUCAAGACCUGAAGGACUUGUCUCAAAAAGUGUCUCAGGUAUAUAUUGCUGUUGAUGAGCGCCUCACAUCUCUGAAAACUGAUACCUUUAGUAAAACCAGAGAGGAGAAGAUGGAGGAUCUUUUUGCCCAAAAGGAGAUGGAAGAAGUUGAGUUUCGAAACUGGAUAGAGAAAAUCCAAGCAAGGAUGCUUUCAUCAUCACUUGACACUCCCCAGCAACUGCACUCAGUUGCCGAGUCUCUGGUAGCCAAAAAGCAAAGUCUCUGUGAGAUGUUGCAAGCUUGGAAUAACAGGUUACAGGAUCUCUUCCAGCAAGAGAAAGGGAGGAAACGUCCUUCUGUACCACCUAGUCCUGGGAGACUGAGGCAAGGUGAAGAGAGUAAGAUCAGUUCAAUGGAUGCAUCUCCACGGAACGUUUCUCCAGCACUACAAAAUGGAGAUAAAGAGGAUCGUUUCCUGACCACCUUGUCAAGUCAGAGCUCCACAAGCUCUUCUCUCCUCCAGCUUCCAACCCCUCCUGAAGUCAUGUCUGACCAGUUUGCCCACACACUCUCGGAACAAGACACGGCCACCGGCUCAGAAGAUGUAUUUGAUGGACACUUGCUGGGAUCCACAGAUAGCCAGGUGAAAGAGAAAUCCACUAUGAAGGCUAUUCUUGCAAAUCUGUUGCCUGGAAAUAGCUACAAUCCCAUCCCGUCUCCUUUUGAGCCUGACAAGCAUUACUUAAUGUAUGAGCAUGAACGUGUUCCUAUUGCAGUCUGUGAAAAGGAACCAAGCUCCAUCAUCGCCUUUGCUCUCAGUUGUAAAGAAUACAGAAAUGCCUUAGAUGAAUUAUCCAAAGUAUCUCCAAAGAGCAGUGCCGAAGAAGGACUUCAGAUUAACAGCCUGGCUGAGAUCCGAGCGAAGAACAACAGUCCUGUCCGAAUACCUGAAACAAAUACAGGGCAGUCAAACCAGGUGGCAGAGGUGGAACAACCUAAGAAACAAUAUGGAGUUUUGGCCUUCUUUCGAGGCACAGGAGGGAAGAGUCCCGACCUCUCAUCUCAGAAAAAGGAGACCUUACGUGGAGCGGACAGUGCCUACUACCAGGUUGGGCAGACGGGCAAAGAAGGGGCAGAAAACCAAGGGGCAGAGGCUCAAGAUGAAGUAGAUGGAAGUGAUGCGCAAAAGAAACAGCUGGGAAAUCCACAUGUUGAGCUCCAAUUUUCUGACGCGAAUGCCAAAUUCUAUUGCCGGAUUUACUAUGCAGGAGAGUUCCAUAAAAUGCGAGAAGUGAUACUUGGAAGCAGUGAGGAAGAUUUUAUCCGUUCUCUCUCUCACUCACUGCCUUGGCAGGCACGAGGAGGCAAGUCGGGAGCUGCAUUUUAUGUUACGGAAGAUGACCGUUUCAUAUUGAAGCAAAUGCCCCGCCUGGAGGUCCAGUCAUUUUUGGACUUUGCGCCACAUUACUUCACAUACAUUACUAAUGCAGUCCAACAGAAGAAACCAACAGCUUUGGCCAAGAUUCUUGGGGUUUAUCGGAUUGGUUAUAAGAACUCUCAGAACAACACGGAGAAGAAACUGGAUCUGCUGGUCAUGGAAAACCUCUUCUAUGGCAGAAAGAUGGCUCAGGUCUUUGACUUGAAAGGCUCCUUGCGGAAUAGAAAUGUGAAAACAGACACAGGGAAGGAGAGCUGUGAUGUGGUCCUCCUGGAUGAAAACCUCUUGAAGUUGGUGCGGGACAAUCCUUUGUACAUCCGAUCUCAUUCCAAGGCUGUGCUGAAGGCUUCCAUCCACAGCGACUCCUAUUUCCUUUCCAGCCAUCUCAUCAUUGACUACUCUCUUCUGGUGGGCCGGGAUGAUACCACUGAUGAGCUAGUGGUUGGGAUUAUUGAUUACAUUCGUACAUUUACAUGGGACAAAAAACUUGAAAUGGUGGUGAAAUCAACAGGUAUCUUGGGAGGACAAGGUAAAAUGCCAACAGUAGUAUCUCCAGAACUGUAUCGUACCAGGUUUUGUGAAGCAAUGGACAAGUAUUUUUUGAUGGUGCCAGACCACUGGACUGGGUUGGGCGUGAAUUGCUAAGGUGAAGCAGUUCUUACAUAAUGGGAUGGAUGACUUCUUCAAAUUGAAAGAGAACAUAAAGGGAAUGCUGUCUUUCCAUUCAGCCCUCUCCAUCUAAAGUCUUUUCCACGCUUGGGAAAAGGUCUUCAGCCACUGUCUUCUGUGUCUAAAGUAUAACGUCUGCACUUUACGUUGUGAUGUCAGAAUAUUUGCUGAAGACAGACUGGAGAAGACCAUUCCUUCACAAUUAGAAGUGGAUUGUAUCUACAGAAGGACAUCAGGGGGCCAUCAAAUACAUGAGCCUUGCACCAAGGCAGUAUCUUCCAUCGGUUACUGUGAAUCGUAGUGGAGUACUGAAUCCUGCUUGUAAUGUCUUGAAGAGACAAGGCCUUGUGGGCCCUGAAUGUGGUAUAAACUGUCUUAAUAUGAAGUAGUAGUUGGUGCAUUGCAGCCUGCAUUGCAGUCCUUAAAAAAGAGCUGGUCGGUCAUGAGGAGCUAAGUGAACCUGUUAACAGCAACACUGUUGUGCUAAGAAUGGAUUCUGUGAGCAGUAUGGUGUGAAAUUGAAUCUGUGAUGCACUGAGGCAUCUCUGAGCAGUAUUUGGUGAUUUUUAGCCAUUUAUCAACAUCCUACUUUGUCAUCUGGAAUCUUAGUUUCAGUGUUAGAGAACUUACAUGUGCUCAGCUUUUUUGUUAUCAUUGUUCUUUUAAAUUUAAGGUCUCUUUUCCAUGUUUAUCUCAGACUUGAUUUCACCCAUAGACCAAGAAAUAGAGUCAUUCUAUUGUGGAUGUACUCACCAACCAAAUUUUAUGAAAAUGAAGACCCUUGUAUAUCUACUAAGUCUCAGCACUAUCAAAAAGUGUAUAUGUAGCUGCAUUGCCUUCCUCUCCCCAUCUCCACCUUACAUAAGGCUAUGAGUAUUUUUUUUAAUAGAUUAACUAAUAGCUGCCUUAAGGAGGCAUCCUGCAAUGGAGAUUGUUGGGGUUUCUUUUCAUUUCAGCACCAUUUUGAGGAAUAUAGUAUUCAAGUAUCUAAUCAAUUUUGGUUGUGCUAGCAAAUUAAGAUAUUUAAACAGUAGUUCUUGUGCACUAUGAAACUUGAUUGCAGUUGUAGGUGUUCUGAAUCAAACUAGGUUGUUGUGUUGGGCAUAAUAGACCAGAUAGGUGGAGAUCUGGGUAUUUUUACAACCUGAGAAAAAAAGCACUUUUAAAUGAAUAUAUACAUAUGUGUAUAUAUAUGUAUGUAUGUCUUCAUGACGAAAUGUUUACUUUGUACAUAAUAAAGGCCAGUAAAAAAGAAGUAUGUAUCUAAUUAAGGCAAAAAUUAAAAUUGUCUUCAUUCCUUAACCAUUAUUUUGAAUAUUGCUUCGAGUGUAGUUUCCGGAUGACAUACAAGAGCUGGGGUCGGUUUUUCUGUAUGGGCAGCCUUCUCCUUGUGACAGGGAAGCUCUAAAAUCACAUGAAUCAUUUUGCAUGGCUUGAGGACCAUGGAAGAGGACCAAGAACCAUACUAUUGGGAGUGAAAAGUCUGUUGUUCGUUGUAAGCAGCUAGCAAAAACUAGGCCUGCAUCACCUACGGCUGUCCAGGUGUUUUCUACUUCAGCUCCCAGAAUUCCUGACUAUUGGUCUAGCUGGCCAGGGCUUCUGGGAGUUGGAGUCCCAAACCCUUGAAGGGGCUACAGGUUGUGCAGUCCUGGCAAAAAUCAACACUCUGGUGCUGCUGUCUUCCUGCAGAAGUUUCCCACUAUGAAGACUAUGUCUGUAAUGGUGACGGAGUUAUGUGCUUAAAAGCUGAGAAACAAUCUUAAACCAGAUGAAGCAUAUUGUGAAAAUGCAAUAAUGAGUGCUUUGUAUUGUCAAAGGCUUUCAUGGUCGGAAUCAGUGGGGUAUUAUGUGAUUUCCAGGCUGUAUGGCCAUGCUUUAGUAGCAGUUUCACACAUCUUCAGAGGAUCAUGAUGCAGGUGAGAUGUCAGAGAAAAUGUUGCUAGAACACGGCCAUAUAGCCCGGAAACCGCACUACACUCUAAUGAGAGCUUUAUCUCUGUUUCAAAUUUAGAUAGAAUAAAACGUGCAUGGAUAUAUCCUAUUCAGUUGCAAGUUGACUCCCUUUUUCCAUGGUUAGUUCCAACUCUUAAUUUGCUUUUCACUUAUAGUUUAAUUUGUCCAAGCAAAUGAGAAACCAGAUAACCAACUUCAAUAAAUGGUUAUUUGUAGCUGAGGUUUGGCCAUUGAUAUUCCUUUAAUUUAUAUAGAUCUGCUAAUCCCCAGUUGUCAACUGUAUACAAUUCUAUAAUUAUCUGUAGAAUUCUACGGUUUGAAUAGCAGCAUUCAACUUGUGUUGUAUUAAAGCUUUCGAGAAGCUUUACUGUACGAAUUUCAAAGAACAAGGCACAUUAUGAAGUACGUUUCCUAGUACAGCUCCUCAAAGACCUUUCUUCAUUAAUUGGCUUGAGAAGAAAGUGUGGGCAUGUAUAAAGCAUUGAUUAUGCAGAAUGGGCAAGGAAAAAAAUUGUAGGUCUCUCUCAAAUGAGAAGCCAGCAACCACUGAAAAGGUUCAGAUCUCAUUUGUCCGUCUGAAUGACGUAAGAAUAAAUCCUGCUUUAUUCAAUUAUGUGUUUUAUUAGCCAAAUGCUAAUAGUGGCCAAAGCAGACAUCAUGGGAUAGAUAUGCACCUCUCAACAGCUUAGGGUGCUAUACUGAAGAACCAAACCGCUCAUAAUAUGAGGGCAGAAGAGUAACAGCAGCCUCCAUUGAUUGAAAAGGGGAUGAGGUUGCAGUAGCAAUCCAUUUUAAAGAUGCAAAAAGUCAUUGUGUUUUCCUUCAUCCCCAGCAAGACAACCUCUGGGUGUCUCAGACUACAUUUCCCAUCAUCUUAGCUAGCAUGGCCAGUAAAGUAAUGUAUUCCAAAGUCUUGAAGAUAUCGUCUUGGAGAAGGAUGAGUUGAAGCCAGGAUUACAUUUGCAUGUGUUCUUUUUGUGUCUAUAAAUAUUUGCAUAGUAGCAAUACAGAUAGCUUCCUCUGAGAUAAGACACUGGUUCUGGAGGCAUCUGUAGUUAUUUCAAAGGCUUUUUCUCCAUUGGCAGAUAAUCUGCUCCUAUGAUUCAAGGCCCAGAAUACACAAGCAAUAAAUAUAUGGUGGAAUUCUGCAUAUCCAUCUCAAAUUUUAUUCUACAGGGAAUUUCUCUACACACUACAUUCCAAAAAGGCAGCAAUCUCCAAUAAUCAGCUAAAACUAGUCCUACUCAUUCUGUUUGUGUAUACAGUAUCCAGACAUAAUCAAAACUAGGUUGGAGAUUAAUGUAAGGUUCAUUGGUAUGAACUUUACUAUCAGAAACUAUCAGGGGUUUCCUCCAAUCCACCUAAACAUAUUUAAUGACUACCUUUAUAUGUUUAAGACUAGAUGUCAGUGAGGUAUUUAUGCUUUCUCCUAUCUGCUAAGUAUGUUCACCUGUUGCAACUUCCACUAAAAAUAAUGGUGAGCGGACAGCUCUUCAUGACACAAAAGUAAUGUGCCAGGGUUGGCAAGGUUUGCACAGUUGUUCACUUUUUAGCGGUUUGAUACUUAAGGUUGUCCCUUUCAUUUCAAGUUCUCCAGUAGUGGCUUAAAAAACCCCAAUAAAGACUGGUUACCAGAUUGCGAUAUUAUUUGAAACAAUUUGUACCAGAUAUGCAAAGCCUGAUGGGUUGGGAUGAAGUUCCGAUCCUCCUUACGCAGAAAUCAGGUGCUAAUGGGGUAUUUUAGAAGCACAUUCUCCAUACAGUAUUGGAGUUUUUGUCAGUGCAAUGUAAUAGCUUCUAUUUUGCUGUGUGACUUCUACAUGUCUAUAUAUAUAGAGUAAAUAACAACCUGUGGAACAAUCAUGCUUUAUUGCUUUUUUUAGGGCUGAAAAAGCCCCAUGUAAAACUAUAGGGGAGCCUUUGAGGGUGGGUAGGUGGGUCUGCCUACUGAAGCUCUUAAAUGACAUACUACAUUGCUUCCACGUGAUCCAAAAGUAGCAUUGUCCUUAAUUAAUAUAAAGGCUGGAACCCUCUUCGUGAAUUAGAAAUUGGACUCAUUUCUGUUGUUUUUGAACAGAUUGGAAUUCUUUUCUAACUUGCAGAAUAACCAAAUUCUCACCACGAAACUCACCAUAUAAACUGCAUGCUGAUGAAGACUGGAUAUUUGUCAUUGGAAGCCCUACAAUGGGAUUCUGGGCAUAGCUGUGUUGUAUACUAUACAUAUGUCUCCCAAUGCAGAUCUCAGUCAGAGAUUUUUUGACCGGUGAGGCACCCGAAAAUCAGAUGAAUCAACAAACCAUGUUCAGAGUACUAAUUUAAUGUAUCAUAAUGUGUAUAUUUUAUCAUAUGUUGGCUCUGAGUAUAUUUUUUAUGAUCCUGACAUGCUGAACUAUUUAAUUACAUUGACUAUUUGGUUUACUAAAUUGUAUAUAUUGAUAGAUAGAAAGUAAAAUACCGAUUGAAGUGUA